AUUUAAAAAAAAAGCCCCGAAGAAGAAGAAGUCUGCCGGAAAUACGCGCAUUCUGAAGCGGAUGCAGAAAUUCCAAGAUGGAGGUGGACGGGAUUGAUCAUAUGGAGAUGGGGGAGAGUAAAGGCGGCUCUGGUCUCCGACAGUACUACUUGUCAAAGAUAGAAGAGUUACAGCUGACGGUGAAUGAAAAGAGCCAGAAUCUCAGACGUCUGCAGGCACAAAGGAAUGAGCUCAAUGCUAAAGUGCGUCUCCUUCGUGAGGAGCUGCAGUUACUACAGGAGCAGGGAUCCUACGUAGGUGAAGUGGUUAGAGUCAUGGACAAAAAGAAAGUGCUGGUCAAGGUGCAUCCAGAAGGAAAAUUUGUUGUGGAUGUGGACAAGAACAUUGACAUCAAUGAUGUGACCCCAAAUUGCCGUGUGGCUCUGCGCAACGACAGCUACACCCUGCACAAGAUCCUGCCCAACAAGGUGGACCCUCUGGUAUCCCUCAUGAUGGUGGAGAAGGUGCCGGACUCCACCUAUGAAAUGAUCGGUGGCCUGGAUAAGCAGAUCAAGGAGAUCAAGGAAGUGAUUGAGCUGCCUGUCAAGCACCCGGAGCUGUUUGAGGCUUUAGGCAUUGCACAGCCCAAGGGUGUGCUGCUGUAUGGUCCCCCAGGCACAGGGAAGACCCUGCUGGCCAGAGCUGUGGCCCACCACACCGACUGUACCUUCAUCAGGGUGUCCGGCUCCGAGCUGGUCCAGAAGUUCAUCGGAGAGGGUGCCCGUAUGGUGCGCGAGCUGUUCGUCAUGGCUAGAGAGCACGCUCCCUCCAUCAUCUUCAUGGAUGAAAUCGACUCCAUCGGCUCGUCUCGCCUGGAGGGGGGCUCAGGUGGUGACAGCGAGGUGCAGAGGACAAUGUUGGAGCUGCUUAAUCAGCUGGACGGAUUUGAGGCAACCAAGAACAUCAAGGUUAUUAUGGCCACCAACCGUAUUGACAUCCUGGAUUCAGCUCUCCUCAGGCCAGGCAGGAUCGACAGGAAGAUUGAGUUUCCCCCUCCAAAUGAGGAGGCCCGUCUUGACAUCCUGAAGAUCCACUCCAGAAAGAUGAACCUGACACGUGGCAUUAACCUGAGGAAGAUCGCAGAGCUGAUGCCUGGAGCCUCUGGUGCUGAGGUUAAGGGUGUCUGCACAGAGGCCGGGAUGUACGCUCUGAGAGAAAGGAGAGUUCAUGUCACCCAGGAGGACUUUGAGAUGGCUGUGGCAAAGGUGAUGCAGAAAGACAGCGAGAAGAACAUGUCAAUCAAGAAGCUGUGGAAGUAAAAGGCCUUUUGUUUUCUUGCACACAAUGCAACCACAUAUGUAUAUUUUCCUGCUUUUGUUUAUGGUUUGGUUUAUAAUUGUUACAUAAGUCCUUCUAAAAUAAAUGGUUUUCCCCAAUUAA